UUUCCACCCUCUUCCUCCUCCUCUGUCUCCGCAGUGAGGUCACGGGUGGGCGGUACGUCGGCGGCGGCAGCCGCUUCCCUUCCACUGUUGGGGAAGAACCGGGGCGCCCGCUGAGAUGUGCGAAUAUUAAAGUAUAAAUUAUAUUCAUUCCUGAACAGUUGCUAGCUAUGGAAGCUCCAAAGAAAAAUUUCAUCUUGGGACAUCAAUCAAAAGGGACUGUUGCACAGGAAGAUGGUAGCCCUCCAUCAAAAAAAGUCAUGACAGAAAUCCAUGUAAAAGAUAAAAUACACAAAAUGGUAAUAAAUAAGUUGCCAGUAAUUAAGAAGGAACAUUUGGAUGAAUGUGAAGAAAGUCUUCUGGAUGAUAGAGAAGAAGAUGUCAAACCAAAUAUUGCUGCAGCAUCAGAGCCUUUGAACUUAAAUCCUGGUUUGAAACAUACAUUGGCACAAUUCCAUUUAAGCAGUCAGAGUUCCCUUGGUGGACCAGCAGCAUUUUCUGCUCGCCAUUCACAAGAAAACAUGUCAUCUGUUUUUGUACCUCUUCCAUCGCCUCAGAUUCUUCCUGGCCCAUUGCUUGUCCCAUCAGAUAGUUCUACAGAGUUGACUCAGACUUUACUGGAAGGGGAGUCUAUAUCUUGUUUUAAAGUUGGAGGAGAAAAGAGACUUUGUUUGCCUCAGGUUUUGAAUUCUGUCCUCAGAGACUAUUCUCUACAGCAAAUUAACACAGUGUGCGAUGAACUUUACAUCUAUUGUUCUAGAUGCAGUUCUGAUCAGCUUCACAUCUUAAAAGUUUUGGGGAUUCUGCCCUUUAAUGCUCCUUCUUGUGGACUUAUCACUUUGACCGAUGCUCAAAGAUUAUGCAAUGCAUUGUUGCGCCCUCGUACUUUUCCUCAAAAUGGCAGCCUGCUUCAUAGUAAAAGUUCACUGCCCCAACUAAAGGAGAGUGGAAGUGCCUUUGAAGUAGAACAUGAAUGCUUAGGCAAGUGUCAGGGUUUGUUUGCUCCACAGUUUUAUCUUCAGCCGGAUUCCCCAUGUAUCCAGUGUUCAGAAUGCUAUGGGAUGUUUUCACCCCAAACCUUUGUGAUGCAUUCCCAUCGAUCUCCAGACAAGAGGACUUGUCACUGGGGCUUUGAGUCAGCAAAGUGGCACUGUUACCUUCACAUUAACCAAAAAUAUUUAGGAACAUCUGAAGAAAGAAAUGUGAAGCAACGCUUAGAACAAAUGAAAGAAAAAUUUAGCACGAAGAAUCAAAAAAUACCCCAGUCUAAGGCAGAUUCCCAUUAUAAUGUAGAAUUUCAGCAGUGGUAUCCGGUUAUAAAGCAAGAAGCAGAUUCUACAGAUCAGCCACAUUCAUUUAUACAUCCCAGCUAUUUCUUUUACAUGUGUGAUAAAGUGGUUGCUCCGAAUGUAUCUCUUAGUACUUCAAUGCCACAGUGUAAAGAAACCACAAAAACUGUUGAAAAAAUAUCAGAGGUAUAUAAAUCAUUUCCGGGGAUGUCACUGAAACAGCAAAAUGGAGGCAAACACAAAAAAAGUGUCUUUUAUCAGGACAUCGCUCUUGAAGGACAGGAGAAGUUUGACUUAAAGCCCAGAUCUGGAAUUUGUGCUAGUGUAGAGCAACCCAUACCCAUUAAACCUGCAAACAGAAGGAAAAUGGAGCAGGUCAGUCCCAGGGAGACUACAGAAGAUGAGAUGGAAAUAAAUAGUGAUGCACAAUCCUCAUCUCAGGCUCUUACCGAUGGUAUUGGAUCUGAUGAUGAUAAAGGGAAAAUGAUGGAAGAAGUAAUAAAAACAUAUAUUAAACAGCAAGAAAAGCUACAUACAAUUUUGCAAAAGAAGCAGCAUCUUCAAAUGGAAGUUGAAAUGUUAAGCAGUUCCAAAGCCAUGAAGGAGUUGACAGAAGAGCAACAAAAUUUACAAAAAGAACUUGAAUCUUUGCAGACUGAGCAUGCUCAAAGAAUGCAAGAGUUUUAUGUUGAGCAAAGAGAUUUAGAGAAGAAGCUAGAGCAGGUAAUAAAACAAAAAUGUACCUGUGAUUCCAGUUUGGAAAAGGACAAAGAAGCAGAAUACGCAGCUCAGUUAGCAGAGCUGAGGCAGAGGUUGGAUCAUGCAGAGGCCGAUAGACAGGAGCUCCAAGAUGAACUGAGACAGGAACGAGAAGCAAGACAGAAAUUAGAGAAGAUGAUCAAAGAAUUAAAACUUCAGAUUCAGAAAUCUUCAAAAAAUGGAAAAGGAAAAUAAAAUGCCAUCCAGAGCGCAUCUGCAUUUUCUCAGCAAGGCUAAAAAAAAAAAUUGCCUGCCAAGGAGAGGUCAAGCCAUGGAAAAGUGAAGGUAUUGGGCACAAUUAUGGAAAACUUUUCCGGUGCAUCCCACCAUCAAUAGCAGAGGUGUUUGGGAACUCACAAUCAUUUCUAUGGUGAUCUGCACAAGAAAAGUUCUCAGUAGAUUAUGUCCAACAUGGUGCGUAGAAAUCUACAAUGAUAUGUAUAUUUAUACAGCUUCCAGACUGACCAAAUCUGUAUUUGUGCUGCUUUUUUUAUAGUUAUGAGCAACAUUGAAAUUUUGUUUUACAAUGGUCAGUAUGUAUCUGUUUAUUUUACAAACUGUCUCGAGGACUCUCACUGAAUGCAACAUUCUUGAUUCAAAGUACACAGUAACUACCUUUUUGCAUGCAAUUCAAGAAUCAAACUGAAAAAAAUAUAGUUUUAUUUUUGCUUUGCUCCAAUAUUUCAUUUGAUGAUGCUGUAUCAAUGAGAAAACUGUUAAUAUAAAAUCAUUAAACAGUGAAAACUUCUUUAAAUGCAGAUUUUCAUGUUGAACUUUUACACUAAAUGUUAAUUAUUAAUGGUUAAAUAUCAGUUUUUAGUACUAUGCUGAGUGCUGUUUUGAAAAGGGGUUGCUGAAAUUGAGUCUGAAAUAUUUUAUUUAUUCACUCUAGUGGGUUAGGGUAACAAUUCGAUAGCUAGUAAGUAAUUUCAUAUUUAAUAUUGUUCUUUGAGCAUUUCUAAACACCAGUAGGAGCUUUAUAAUGUCAGUCUUAUUUUGUGGAGAAGCAUUUUUAAUUAUCACGUUACUUCAGUAGCAAUAGCAUUCCCACAUAUGAUCUUUGAGUGCAUGAAAAUAGGUGAUCUUGUCAUUUUAAAAAGUGUUACAAAGCCAGUAGGGAACAAAUGAUGUCAGAUAUUGGGAAAGUAUGGUUAUUAUUAUUUUUUUAAAAGCACCAAGUUAAACCAUUAACAUUUUUUCAAAAACAACGCUGUUACUAAAACUUUAUUUCUUUGAAAAUGCUAAAUCUUUUUAGUAUUUGACAUUGGUGUGGGAAAAUGUCUGGUGCUAAAUCAUAAGCCGUUCAUUCCAGAAUUUAUAUAAUUGGAAGUUGAGAAAGAUAAAUGACUGAAAGAAUUUCAUGAAAGGCUUUUUUUCUAAAAAUGUUGAUUAAUAAAAAGUUUCAUUGAACAAAGACUAAAUAAACAAUUCUGCAUAGAAAAGGAAAUGCAGUGCUUGGCUGUACAGGAGGAAAGAAAUAAUAUGGUUUUACAUUGUAUAUAGAUUGACAAAGUUUGCUCAAAAUAUCUUGUAUUAAAUAUUUGCCAAUUGUU